CUUACAGUGCUGGGUUGGUCCUCCCGCUGCUGCUGCUGCUGAGUCUGGAAGCCGCCGACGGUGGGCACCAACCUCCCGCAGCUCUUUAUUCCCCAUGCCGGGGUGGACGUGCGCCUACACGGUGGUGCCUGGAUCAACGGCCUCAGCAUGACCUGUGCUUUGCCGGCGGCAUUGGUCUAUGGCCCCAAAACCAUGUCUCGCAAGAAGGCCCUGCUGGUCUCCCUCCUGGCCUUCAGCACCAUCACGUUGCUUCUGCGCCAAAGUACCGGGCAUCUUGGCUGGUUCCCGAAGUCUCCUGCCUUCAACUGUGGGCCCCCGCCGUCUUCCCGCCCGAAGCACACCGCCGUGGCCUUCUUGAAGACUCACAAGACCGCCAGCACCACGGUGCAGAACCUCCUCUUCCGCUUCGCCGAGAGGCACAACCUGACCGUGGCCUUGCCCCACCACGCCUGCGACCACCAGUUCUGCUACCCGCGCAACUUCUCGGCUCGCUUCGUGCACCCGUACACCCUCCCGCCCCGGCUCAUCGCCAGCCACCUGCGCUUCAACCACGACGAGCUUCGCCGCCUCAUGCCCAACGACACCGUCUACAUCACCAUCCUCCGCGAGCCGGUGGCCAUGUUUGAGUCGCUCUUCAGCUACUACAACCAGUACUGUCCGGCGUUCAAGCGGGUCCCCAACGGUUCCAUGGAGGUCUUCCUGGACCACCCUCACCGGUACUACCGCUCCCAUGAUAAGUACGCCAUGUACGCUCACAACACCAUGGUGUACGAUUUGGGGGGCGACCCCGACCGCAGUGCCGAGGACCCCGCGUACUUGGCCGAAUUCAUCCGGCACGUCGAGAGGAUCUUCUCGCUGGUCAUGCUGGCCGAGUACUUCGACGAGUCGCUGGUCCUGCUCCGCCGCCUCCUGGCGUGGGACCUGGAGGACAUUGUCUAUGUCAAGCUGAACAUGCGCAGCCCGGAGUCGAAGCUCAACAUCACCUCCACCCGCUUGGUGGACCAGAUCCGGGCCUGGAACGCCCUCGACGCCGGCCUUUACGACCACUUCAACGCCACGUUCUGGCGGAAGCUGGACGACGUGGGCCAGGACUGCGUCCGGAAGGAGGUGGACGCUCUCCACCGGGCGUGCGAGCGGCUGGCCCGCCACUGCUUCGGGGGCCAGCCCCAGCUGCGGCCCGCCAUGCAGAUCAAGAACAAAGACCUGCGUCCUUGGCAGCCGAGCGCCAAGGUGGACAUCGUCGGCUACGAUCUCCCCGGUUCCGGACCCCCCUUGGACGAACAGUGCCUCAAGCUGGUCAUGCCGGAGGUGCAGUAUUCCCGCUACCUGCUCCGGAAACAGAGCCUGAGGAACCGGCGGAGGGGGACCCCUCACCGGUCUCUCCCGCCCCGGGGACUCGUGCGAACCCCCAGGCGCCCGGCCCCCAAAGUCGCCUGAACGUUCCCGGGGCAUCCGACGGACCCUGGAAAGAGAUGGGAUGUGUUUCCGCCUCUCCGCAGCCUGCCUUUUUGGGAGAAGGCUUGGGGGCCACGGGAAAACCUUGCGGGCUUCUCCGGUACUCCGUUUGGCUUGUCUUGUCUUGGGUUUCGAGGGCAAAUCUUCAGGGCACCGCAGGGGUAGGAAGGGGAAGAGCGGUCCCUAUGGCUUGGGGUACUUUGACGUUGGUUUGCCCUCUUUCGAACUCAGAACAGAGGCAGUGCACACCCACGGAGCCCACGGCAAAACCGCCCCCAAUUAAUUUGGCCUCGUUUUUUUCCCUUGUGGUUUUUGAGGGAACGUUUACCUCCAUGCGUGGGCGUCUGAGGGGGCCUGAACAAAUCCUGAGCUGCAUCCGGCCGACUCGCCAGGCCUUCCUCCCUCUUUCUAGAAGGUUCACCUAGUAUCCGUGCCCACCUUACGCCCCCCCACCCCACCCUGUGCUUUCCCCAACGCAUGUGCGGUGUAGCCUUAGGGGUGGACACUCCUUUUAUCGCACCUUUAAAAUAAACCAGAUAGGAGUGAGCAACGGUGGUCUGCUAAAAUGUGGUGGUUUCUGCCCCCUCCCGUACUACAACUCCCAUAAUCCCUGACAAUUGGCUACGCAGGCCUGGGCUUAUGGGAGCUGUAGGUCACCACCACCAAACCUGUAACUCUUUCCUGGCUCUAUAUGCAUAUAUAUAUUUAAAUUACUUUCAUAGUAAUAGUGCAAAAUACUGUUAAAAUGCAAUAUGGGUCCCCUUAUCAGGAGCAAGGCGGCAUAUAAAUAAAGCAAACAUAAAUAAUAAAGAUGUGAUAUAAUAUAUAACUCUGUUCCCUUUAUCCUCCUGCCUGCUCAUAUGCGAUGAUGAUGGGUUGGAACCUUUUCCAUGCAUUGCCAUAUUAGUGAUGUUGUCAAUGGCAGGGCGUACAAAAACCUUUAAAUUGUGUGUGUGU